CCGAAUGUCCAAGCUUCCAGAGCUCCGAAUUUAUGGUGUACGCUAAUUAAAUCAGAUCUUUAAAUCGAGACUUACCUGAUGUAAACCAACCAACUGCUUUGCAAUUCAACACCACAUCCCAUAUAUACGAAUAUGGCUACCCUUAGGCCGCUUAGAGCGCAGGGUAUGGCAUGUUCUGUGGCCAGGAGCUCAAUUCGACCGAUCCAACGCACAGCGAGCUUGAAAGCAUGGCCGACGCCGCGGGUACAGGUUCGCUGCAAGUCUGGGCCGUAUGGCUAUACCCAGGCGAAGUCCUUAGUCUUCAGUGAAUACGGCGAGCCGAAAGACGUUUUAAAAUUACACACGCACUCCAUAUCCCCCUCCCUAACCCCCUCCUCCGUCCUCCUGCGCACCCUCGCCGCGCCUAUCAACCCCGCAGACGUGAACACGAUCCAGGGCACGUACGGCGCGAAGCCGGCCUUCGACACGCUGCUCGGCACGGCUCAGCCGUCCGUCGUGCCGGGCAACGAGGGCGCCUUCGAGGUCGUCUCCUCGUCGUCGGCGGACUUAUCCUCCGGCGACUGGGUGAUCCCCAAAAAGACGCAGUUCGGCACGUGGCGCACGCACGCGCUCGCGCCCGCCGACGCCGUUAUCAAAGUCGACCGCACGGGGCUCACCCCCGAACAGGUCGCCACCGUAUCCGUCAACCCGUGCUCCGCGUACCGCAUGCUGCGCGACUACGCCCACCCCUACCCGCUGCGCGAGGGCGACUGGUUCAUCCAGAACGGCGCCAACAGCGGCGUCGGCCGCGCCGCCAUCCAGCUCGGCAAGCUGUGGGGGUACCGCAGCAUCAACGUCGUGCGGGCGCGCGAAACGGCCGCCGAGGACGAGGCUCUUAAAAAAGAGCUCCUGGAUCUGGGAGCCACGCACGUGGUCACCGAACCGGAGUUCACGGCGCGAGAGUUCAGGGACAGGCUCGCGGAGUGGACGAGGGGGAACCGCGAGGGCGUGAGGUUGGGCCUGAACUGCGUCGGCGGCAAGAGCGCGCAGGGUAUCGCGUAUAGUCUCGGCCGCGGCGGCACCGUGGUCACGUACGGGGGCAUGUCGCGCGCGCCCGUCGCGCUGCCGACGGGUUUGUUGAUUUUUAAAGACAUAAGGUUCGUCGGGUUCUGGCUUAGUCGGUGGGCGGACGGGGACGCGGCGGCGAAGGAGCGGACGGUGGCGGAGAUACUGGGGUUGGUUAGGGAGGGCAAGUUCAGGGAUGUGCCGAUUGUGAAGGUGCCGUGGACGUGGGAGACGGAGGUGCAGGAGUUAAAAGAUGCGGUGCAGGGCACGUUUGAGGGGUUUAGGAAGGGGAAGGGCAUUUUUACGUUUAAGGAUACGUAAGGUGGUGGUAGAGGGGGUCGCGAGGUCGUGGGGAUGGGAGGGGAUGGGAUGGGAUAGGCUUGGGUGGAUUAAUGGACGAUGUAUGGGUUGUCCGAUUUGAACAUAUAGUCUAGAUGAUGGUGGUGAUGGAAUGAAAAUAGAAAUGGAAAUCAAGCGGCUGCUAUGGUAUUGUUAUAUAGAUGCAGCGCUGGAUGUUUGAUACGCUUACAAAGUCUAUCAGUAUGAGCAUGAAUAUUUACCCAAAAAGGUUCACUCAAAA